GAAGCCCCACCUUUUCUGUUUCCCGCACCGUCAAUCAAAAUAGAAAAAAAUCGACUCGAAUCAGCGAUCGCUGCCCGCCUUUGAUUAAAAUAAUCAUGUUAGGGGUUUAAAUAAAUCGAAAAAACUCCUGAUUUAAACCUUUUAUGCUAUGACUGGUACGUAACAUUUAAACUGAUUCAAACACAGCAUCGCCGGUGAGUUUGUUCAAUCCUCUCCAGAAAAGCCAGUGAAACAAGAGGAAAUGGCUGCCUUAGACGUGGACAGCAGUCAGAACGACUAUCUGCAGCACAGCAGCGGCGCAGGAAACCAGGACACUCAGCCGUCACCGCUCGCUCUGCUGGCAGCUACCUGCAGCAAGAUCGGGUCGCCAUCGCCAGAGGAGGAUAGCAGUGCUGCCGCUGGCGUGCUUUCCGAUCUGGCUUCUGUACAGUUAACAGGGACGUCAAAUAGAUGGGAAGUCUUGACUCCUAAUGUAACAAUAAAAGAGGAACCUGGCUUACUACCAAUUCCAAACGCAGGGAUAGUAACAUCAAAUGGACAGUAUGUUUUGCAAAACCAACAGAUCUUUGUGACUUCAGGAACAGAUGCUUCUGGCAGUGCAUUGCCUAAUAUACAUUACCAAGUGAUUCCACACAUUCACACCGCAGAUGGGCAACAGGUACAUUUGGGCUUCUCUACGUCUGGUGUAGAAAAUGCGUCUUUGAGUCAGGAUGCUACAGGGCACUUUCAGAUAUUGCCCGAUUGUAAUACAACUUCUGCUGGAACGUCAUCCGCCAGCAUCCUGACAAACAGUCAGAACCUCAUGACACAAGCUGGCCAAGUUCAGCAUUCAGACGGCUCUGUACAGAUUCAAGGUGUUUCUCUAGGUGGUUCUACCUAUAACAGCCAAGGUCAAGUUGUUACUAAUGUGCCUGUUGGAUUGCCUGGAAAUAUUACCUUUGUACCCAUCAACAGCGUUGACCUGGAUUCCCUCGGACUCUCGGGGACUGCACAGACUAUUGCUACAGGUGUGACCGCUGACGGUCAGCUGAUCAACUUGCCCAUGGUGCCACAAGCCAUGGAUACCUCGGAUAAUUCUGAAAAUACUGGUGAGCAAAUGUCACACACGCUAUCUGUUCACGAGUCCAACACUAAUCAAGACAUGUACGUGCCAACAACGUCCUCCUCGCAGCUGCAUGCAACAGUAGACGGUACAGGUGUACUGCAGCAAACUUCAAGUACUGCAAUCUCCACCAACGACCAGGCAGAUGCUUCACAACUUCAGGGAAACUACAUUCAGACGACUCAUCACGACCAGACCCAGAUGCAAAAUAUUCAGGUCUCCUCUGCACAGUCCAUUAUACAGCUUCAGCAGACCCAGCCACAGACCACCAGUGAAGUCCAGAUUGUCCAGGGCAUCCCACAGCAGCAAAUGCAGGGUGUUCAGACCGCAGGUCAAACCAUUUCUCCACAAGCUCUGCAGAACUUACAACUGCUCAAUCCAGGGACAACUUUUUUGAUACAGGCACAGAUGCUGACCCCUUCUGGGCAGAUCCAAUGGCAGACUUUCCAGGUGCAGGGUGUGCAGAACGUGCAGAAUAUCCAGAUCCAAAACCCCUCCAGCCAACAGAUCACACUGGCCCCUGUGCAGACGCUCUCUCUUGGGCAAGGUGGAACCCUUGGAUCCACUCCAGUCAGCAUAAGCACAGGCCAGAUUCCAAAUUUGCAGACUGUCACAGUGAAUUCUAUAACGUCCCCCGGAAUUCAGUUUCAACAGACUGAAGACACAAGCAGCCCUGCAGAUAUUCAAAUAAAAGAAGAGCCGGACACUGAGGAAUGGCAGCUGAGCAGCGACUCGACCCUCAACACCAGUGACCUGUCCCAUUUGAGGGUGCAGAUGGUGGACGAGGAAGUGGACCAACAGAGUCAGGAAGGGAAGAGGCUGCGGAGAGUGGCCUGCACCUGCCCCAACUGCAAGGAGGCUGGAGGAAGGGGGUCAAACCUGGGAAAGAAGAAGCAGCACAUCUGUCACAUUCCUGGCUGUGGGAAGGUUUACGGAAAGACGUCGCACCUGAGGGCCCACCUGCGCUGGCACUCCGGCGAGCGGCCCUUUGUUUGUACUUGGAUGUUUUGUGGCAAAAGAUUCACUCGCAGUGACGAGCUACAGAGACACAGAAGAACGCACACAGGUGAGAAGAAGUUUGUCUGCCCGGAGUGUUCCAAACGUUUUAUGCGAAGCGACCAUCUUGCCAAGCAUAUUAAAACCCAUCAAAACAAAAAGGGCAUUAACUCCAGCAGUACAGUCAUGGCAACGGUGGAAGCAACAGCAUCCUCUGAUAACAUUAUUACAGCAGGGGGAACUACCCUCAUCCUUACCAACAUUCAGCAGGGCUCUCUGCAGGCGGUUGGGACUGUGAAUUCCACAAACACCAGCCCACAAGAGAUUCUUUCCAAUUCAGAAAUACCUUUACAGCUUGUCACAGUGGCUGCCAGCGAGGUGAUGGAGUAAUACAAAUUACAAUAAUAACUUGCUUAUUGGUUGUGUUUUUAUAUAUAUAAUUUUAAAAAGAAAGAAUGAUCAGUUUAUGUUCCUUAGCAGUCUUUUUACCGAUGGGCAAAAAAAAAAAAAAAUGACAUUAAUGUGGUUACAAUACACACUGAAAUGCCUUAUUUUGUAUCAUAUUGUGUAGUAUACAAUGGUGGAGUUGCAUGUGGUUUUAGCUACUGUUCAUGUGUAAUAGUUCUGAAAAAUGUAUUUGUAAUAUGACAAGAAAGGUACAAAAAAAAGAUUGAAAUGGGAGUUUGGCCAGCUAAAAAAAUAUAUUUUAUAGGGAAAUUGUAGAUGUGCAUAUUUUGCAAAUGAGUAUGAGUCUUUCAGAAGUUGAGAUUCAUCUAAACCAAGCAUUCAUGGAAAUGAUCAGCCUCAGAUCAUGGUGGUCCAGGUUGUACUGGGAUGUGUGAGCAGUGCAGAUGUGUCAUGUCUACAUUAAGCUGCUUUUUUGCACAUCUUAAGUUUUCCUGCAAUUUUCUUUUUUGAUUGUGUUGUGUAAUUGAUACACGCUUGUCUGAAUUUGCUUAGCAUUGGAAGUUUUGCCACCUAUUAAUUGGAACUUAAGGUAGUUUGCAAAAGGAAACAAUCAUGUAAUUAAAACUUUUUGUAUUUUUUUUCUUGUAAUUCUGUUGAUCUUACAUUUAAUAUACAUAACUUGCAGCAAAAGCUAUUUAUAGUAGGCUUUACUUAGUAAACUGGUUUUGUUGUAUCAAAAACUUGUUAUUUUAAUUACAUUUUAAAUAUGUACAAUAUUAAGUGUGUUACUUUUGUAAAACUUCAUUUUCCAAUGGAACUCAAUUAAAGUAUGAAUCCUUUAUAAAAAGCCAUGAUAAAGGGUUAAUUUGCCAAUUUUGUUUAAUUAAAAAACUUUUUUUUUUUUUAAGACUGUCAUGCAAUAAAGUAAAAAUCCAAGGUAGCACAAUCCAUUUUCUGCAGGGUUUGCAGACUGGUGCUGGUUUGUUAUUAUAAACACUAACAAGUAUCAUGUGUCGGACCAAAAGACAAAGAUAAUUAUGCAGCCACCAUUUCUGAAAUACUGUGUCAAGAUAUUUUAUAUGUCAAGGUCUUUUUGCUAAAUUACCUAUAAAAUAUCCAACAGAUGCCGUUUGACAGAAGUCCCUUUCAUAUGCUGUCUGCAUAAUAGUGUCAGUAAUAAUAAUGAGCUACUUUUAACUAGGGAGAACCCAUAUUUAUUGUUUUUUUGUAUAUUUUCUUAAACAUUUUUUUUAAAAUACUGCCCUGAAAAGUCUUUGUAGUAUGUGCACUUUUUUUGUUAUGAUUUUCUGUGUGUGUGUGUGUGUGUGUAUAAUAUAUAUAUAUAUAUAUAAAAAAAUCGGUACAUUUACGAGUGCUAUACAAUCUUGCUACUGGGGUAAUUAUGCCAGUAACCAGUUUCCAUAAAUUACCUUAAACAAAAAAAAAAAGACUAUUGACACAAUUUUAAAAUAUUGUAACCUUUAGGGCCACCUCAGAUUCAUGUAUUUUGAAAUAUAUUAUAAGUGUCACUAAUAAAACACUAUUUUAACACUUGA